CCAACAAGCUUUAUUCACAUUUCAAUAAUGAAACUCAUCUUAUUAUUUGCAUUAGCUACUUUGUUACUGUUAAAUGCAACUGAAUCCAAAUCUAGUCAACAGGAAUUAAUUAUUGAAAGUGUCAAAUUAUGGAAUUCAAUGAAAGAAUUUUGGAAAAGAUUUGAACAGAAAUGUCAAGAGAAAAUUCGAAAAUAUCUUGAAGAAGAUGAUUUAGGUGAAAAAAUAGCGGAAGUUUUAAAAAUUUAUGUCAAGCGUUUAAACAAGCGUUUAGAUAUGCGUUUAUCAAUGGACAGACAAGAAUAAACAUUUAUCAUAGCUGAAAAAAAAAUCUCAAUAUUCAAUGAAGAAGAAGAAGAAGAACAUUAUUGUAAUGAAUUUUAAUUCAAUAAAGUAGUUGAAAACUAAUUCUUUGUUUGAUUAUAAGGCAGAUAAUCAUUGUACAUGAGUGUUUAAAAUAUAUUUUUGAAAAAAGGAAUGAAUAUAUUUGGUCAUAUUAUUA